GUAUAAAUCUAUAUAAUUUCUAAUAAUUAUAUACCUUUAUAUAUUUUACAAGUCGUUCUUUUUAAAAGUUCCUACUUUGAUUCUGUUUGAAUCAUAAAAAACCUAGCCUUGCAUAUUUUGCAUUAUCUAUUCAUCUUUUCUUUUUGAACUUUUUUCUAUCUUUGCAUAAUGAAAUUAAUUGCUCUUGUCGCUAGCUUCUUUGCUGCUGCUUUUGCUUACAACGAAGUUACUGCCCCUGCUACGAAUGCUGUCAUCCAAGAAGGUGGUGGUGUUUACACUGUGUCAUGGAAUAACCUAACUAGUGAUACUGUUACAUUGACUUUGCUUAGUGGAAGCAAUGAUGCCUUGCAACCUCUCGAAACCAUCGCAUCUAACAUCAAAAACACUGGUACUUAUGGUUGGAAAGUUCCUAGUCAUUAUCCUUCCGCUGAUAACUACUUGCUGUCCAUUUCUUGGGAUGGUGAUAGUUCCUAUUCCAAGUACUUUACUUUUCAAGCUUGCUCUACUUGUACUAUUUCCUCCAUUGAUCUCAGCUACAGUGGAUCUAUGUCUGCCACCUCGGUAGCUGCUUCUAACAUUGGCACUCGCAGCGCCACUUCUUCUACUACUUCUUCUUCUAGUCCUAGUUCCUCUGCUUCUCGUGGUUCCUCUUCUCAAUCAAGCGGCUCUUCCAAAUCUUCUGGCUCUUCUUCUCCCAUCUCUACCUCUGGAUCCUCUAGUGGAUCUGUAUCUGCCCCUGUUGGAAAGACUGCUAGUACCGCUAGCAGUGGCUUCUCCGCUAGUUCUACUUCCGGAAAAUCUCAAUCAAGCAGUGGUUCUAGCUCUGGUUCGAGCUCUAGUUCUGGUCCUAGCUCUGGCUCUAGCUCUAGCAGCUCUCCCGCUUCUCCUUUGGUGAAGACUGGCUGUAAUGUUCUUGCUGUCGUUGGUGUUGUUUCUGCUCUUACCAUGUUCCUUUAAAUGUCUUGGAAUUUUCAAAAAUUUCCUUCAUAAGCAAUUUUUUGCAAUAUGUCUUGUCUUUCAUUUUCAUCUUCCAUAAAUCAUCAUUCAUCUGCAUUGGUUUUGAUUAUUUGCAUUUUUUUGAUUAUUAUAUAAUACAUAAUUAUAUUUGUGCUAAUCUAUAUAUGUUUCAUUAGUAUUUUUACUUUCUAAUCAUUUCACCUGUGAAGAGU